AUGUUAAUACUCGAAAUAUACAUCAUAACUGCACUUCUUCAUUGGGCUGACAAGAUCUCACCUGAUGAAAUCGAAAACAUCUUUUUCAUUGGAAAAACUUAUGAUGCCAUGGGAAAUUAUAUCAAUGCAAAAACUUAUUUGGACAAGGUUGUAAGCAUGUCCGGGAAUCCAGAUUGUGCGAUCGAAUGCGAAUAUGUGGAGGAAGCCAAGCAAAUUCUUAGUGGCCCUAACUAUUCAUAG